AUGGUGGCAGCGGCCAGACUCGCCCUCCUGCUGCUGGGCUGUGCAGGCCUGCUAUGGCCGGCCGGCGCCCGGUUCAUAGACUACUGCCCCAAGGGCUGGUACUACUACAAGCUCAGCUGCUUCAGGUACUUCCGUGAUCUCCAGACCUGGGACGAGGCUGAGAGGCGGUGCCAGGCCAGCCACGCCAGCGCCCACCUGGCCUGGGUGGAGGAGCCCCAGGAGGCGGCCACCCUGCAGAAGGUCAUCUCCUACUACCAGCGCGUGCAGUCCGUCUGGCUCGGCCUCUACUACGGACAUGAGAGCCAGGCUUGGCAGUGGAUGAGUGGGGACAAGUACAAUGUCACCAGUGGGCUGGCCGGGAACGGUGCCCGUGGGGGGACCUGUGGCAUGCUGACCUACUCCAGCGGCUUCACUGUGUGGUCCAGUGCUGAUUGCUCCCAGAAGCGUCACUAUGUCUGCAAGUUCAUCCCCUCACACUGA